AUGUCCUCUUCUUCUUCUCAACAAUUCAACAUUGUCGGAUCCAAUACAGUCAAGAACUGCAUGGUGAUUGGAGGUGCGGGAUUUUUAGGACAACAUCUUGUGGAGGAUUUGAUGGCAAAGGGAUACAAUGUAUCGGUUAUGGAUAUCAGAGAACCAAAUAUUGUAAAGAAUGUCAAGUUCUAUAAGGGUGAUAUUUGUGAUAAAGAGACUGUUCUCAAUGCAUUCAGAGAUUUCCAAGUAGAUACCGUGUUUCACACAGCAACUCCUGAUCCAUUCAAAUCACCUUCUCACAUUCUCUAUAAGGUCAAUGUGGAAGGAACUCGCAAUUUAUUGGACUGCUUGAUGAUAUUGAGCGAUGAAGUUGGAAAGAAGAAGAAUUUUGUUCUUGUAUCUUCUGCUAGCGUUGUUUUUGAUGGAACUGACACGAAUAAUUGCGACGAAACUAAACCUUAUGUGAAAUCUGGUGUCAAUGUCUAUACAGAUACCAAAGUGGAGCAAGAAAAGCUCACACUGAAAUAUGGCAAAGAGCACAAGGAUAAGAUUAGAACCGUUGCCAUUAGACCAGCAAGUAUUUUCGGUGAGAGAGAUUUAUUGUUCAUCCCUACUGUAUUGGAAAAUGGUAAAAAGGGAAAAACUAAAUUCUAUGUCGGAAAUGGCAAAAAUCAAAUGGAUUAUACCUAUGUGAAAAAUGUUACACAUAGCUUAAUUUUGGCAUCUACUCAUUUGGAUAAGGACGCUGUGAGUGGUGAAACUUUCUUUGUGACAAAUCAAGAGCCAGAAUUGUUUUGGGGAUUUAUGGCUGAUAUCUUGAGAGAAUUCAAUUUACCAACACCAAAGAUUGGAAUUCCAGUUCAAGUCAUGUACAUCAUUAGUUACAUUUUAUUAAUUAUUGCUACCAUCUUGAAGGUGUGUGGAAUUAAAUUUGACAUUCCACCUCAAUUCGAGCUCGAUAAGAAUGCAUUACUUGUUGCUGACAGAAGAUUUAACUCCACAAAAGCUACUCGUUUGUUUACCUACAAACCAAUUUAUGACAUGAAAGAAGCAAAGAAGAGAACCGUAGAUUAUUACAGAAAAUUAGAAGAGGAAAAGAAACAACAAAAGAAUUAA